AUGCCUGCGCCGCCUGUCCCCGCAUCGCUGCAAAUCAGCGUGAAUGCCACCAAGGUCGAGUAUGUCCAGCUGGGCUCCUCUGGGCUUCGAGUCUCCUCGCCAAUCCUCGGUACUCUGGAUAUUGGCAGUAAGGACUGGCAGAAUUGGGUGAUGGAGGAAGACGAAGGGUUAGAGAUAUUGAAAGCGGCCUGGGACAGAGGCCUCUCAACUUGGGAUACCGCCAACGUCUAUUCGAGGGGCAUAAACGAGGAGAUCAUUGGGAAAGCGGUUCAAAAGUUUGCGAUACCCCGGCACAAACUUACCAUCUCGGCCAAGUGCUGCGGAACGGUCCCAGACGAACCAGGCAUUUUCAGCUGGCCGUUUGAGGCGCAGAUGCAAAAGAGUAAAGACUAUGUCAACCAAGGCGGCCUAUCACGCGGCGCGAUUCUCAAAGCCGUUGAUGCCUCGCUCAAGCGUCUCUGA